AUGGUGGACGGCAAGCCCGAGAAAGACACGCUCGCUGGCGCGAGCCUCAAGUCUGUCCGGCGCCUGCUCGACAAGCGUCGCGGGGGCGGGGCGGAGCGUGCCGAUGGCGGAGGGGAAGCACGGCCGACGGGGGCGGCGCGGGAGGCGCCGGGGAACGCAGGACCGGCGUUCCUGCCGCCGAUGAAGCGGCUCCGAACGGGCGACGUCGAGGACACGUGCGGGGCGACGGCGGCGGAGCGCCGCGGCCGCGAGCGUCCGCGCCCGCCCGCGGGCGGCGGCGACGACGGCCUGAUCACCCCGGACGACAGCAGCAGCGACGCCUCCUCGGACAGCGGAGCCAACACGAGUGACAGCAACUACGACAGCGGCGCCGCGACCGACGCGUCCCCGGACCCCGAGGAAGUAGACGAGGGACCCCUGGAGUGGGAGGACGUCGGCGGCAGGGCCAAGCCCGACGAUUUCAUCGAGAUAUCGUCCGACGAAGAUGAAGAGGGCGCAACCGCGAGUCGCGCGGCGGGAACGGCGGACGGGACGAGUGCGGCGGCGGACAAGAGCGAGGGCGAGGCGAAGAAGAAGAAGCGGCGGCCGGCGACGGCGGAGGAGCGGGCGCGCGCGCUGGCGCUGCACAGGGCGUAUGGGCUGGCGCAGCUGUGGCACGUGCGAAUGGUGGACGCAGCGGCGCAGGACGCGGAGCUGGGGAUGCUGUGUAGGGCCGUUGCGCCCGCGCGGCUCGUUGCCGGCGUGCAGAAGGCCGCCGCGGGCCCCCCGACGACCCAGUCUGUCCGGGCGCUGACUCAGUGGUUCUCGAACAGCUUCUGGACGCGCGUGGCGCGCGUGUCGCGGCCGCUGCGGCACGAAGGGGGCGCGGUCGAGGCGGCGAAGGCGCGGCUCCGGACGCGCGUGCAGACGCGUGCGGGGUCCGCCGCUGAGGCAGCGGGGGUGUUCUGCGCACUCCUCCGGGGGCUCGGCGUGCGCUGCCGCGUCGUGCGCGCGCUCGACCUGCCGCCCACGCAGCUCGGGCAGCAGCAGGACUGGAUCGUGGAGCGCGUCAUCGCGGAGCGGGCAGCCAAGGCCGCGGAUGCCGCGCCCUCCGUCCACCGUCCAACACCCCCCCCCGGCAAAGCGGGCCGCCCGCGCAACACCCCCGCGGCCCUGGCCAGCGCCCCCUCGGCGCCGCCGCCGCAGCCGCUCGCGGCGCCGCGCAACGAGGAGGAGCGGGAGACGCAGCUCGCGAUGCUGCGGUCCGAGAUCUUGGCGGACGUGCGCGGGCGUCGGGGGGGGGCGGGGCGACCUGUGUCGGCGUCGCGAGCCCGCGGGGGGAGGCGGAAGCUGCUGCAGGCCAGGUCGAUGCCGGUGGAGGCGCCGCGGUCGGGCCCCGAGAACGUAGGCGCGGAGCGGCACUGGUGGACGGAGGUGCUGGCGGCCGGCGCGCACGAGAAGCCUGGAUGGGUGCAUGUGGACCCCCUGCGAGCGGAGGUCGGGGCCGCGGCGUCCGUCGCCGGCGCGCGGCCGCGCGACAGCCCCCUCACGUGGGUCGUCGCGGCGGAGAACGGCGCCCUCCGCGACGUCACUGCGCGGUACAACCCCGCCACCGCGUCAGACGCCACGAAACAGCGCGACACCGCGUACUUCCGCGGCGCGUUCGCGGCUCUGUCGCGGCGUGCAGACCAAGCGGGCACCAAGGGCGCCGCGGGGCCGUCGAACGGGCGGCAGCGGCCGGGGCACGACGCGGAGGACGCGGAGGAGUUGAAGGCGGCGGCUGCGAGGGAACGUGUGCGUCCUCCGACGACGAUCGAGGGAUUCAAGAACCACCCGGUGUACACCCUGCAGCGGCACAUCCUGUCGUACCAGGGCCUGCGGCCGGGCGCGAAGUUCCAGGGGCUGCACAAGGGCGAGAAGUUCUACCUCAAGUCGGACGUGUCGGACCUGCGGACCAUCAUCCAGUGGCGCAGGCGGGGCAGGGAGGUGCUCCCGGAGCGCGUGAACGAGCCCGCGCGGCGCGUGACCAAGGGAAAGACCAAGGAGAAAAAUCAGCCGAGCAGGGCCGACGACCCGCCGGACGAAGACUUCGUCGACGGCGGCGUCGGAACGAAACAGGUCUGGGUGUAUGGCGAGUGGCAGACGCGCGCGUGGGUGCCCGCGCCCGUCGUCGACGGCCGCGUUCCGCGCAACGACCGAGGAAACGUCGAAUGCCCGCCCCUCGUCCCGCUUCUCCCCGCGGGGACGACGCACCUCCCGGGCACGACCUAUCCUCUCGUGUCCAGGGCUUGCAAGCUCCUUGGCGUCGACUACGCGCCCGCGCUGGUCGGGUUCGAUCGGCGCGGUGGCCGCACGGUUCCCGUUGUGGACGGCGUCGUCGUGUGCGACGAGUUCGUGGAGGGGGUGCUGGAGGCGCGAGACAGACAGGAGGAGGCGCGCAUGGAGGAGGAGGCGGAGAGGCGGGCGACGGCCGCCGCGAGCGGGUGGGAGAAGCUGGCGCGCGGGCUGAUCGCGCGCAGGUACGUGGCGGAGGAGUACGGCGGCGCGCGGGCCGCGGACGAGCGGGGCGCGCAGGGGGAGUCAGGGCAAGGGGGGGGGCCUGUUUUGGAGCCGGGGGGGAGUGGCGGCGGUGGCGCGGAAGCGCAGGCGGCUGCGCAGCCUGCGACCGACGAGGGACUGGACUUCGAGGAGAUCUAG